UAGGGCAACAAGUCGCAUGUGUGUGUGUGUGUGUGCGCGCGUUAUUAGGUGUCUGCAGUUCUAAUAAAGGAAAGCACUGCGUCCUUCAGUGCCUCAUCAGAUUUGCUCUGCUUUGUCUGCCUGUCUGAUUUCUGUCUGUGUGUCCCGUCAGUCGUGCGGUGGAGCCGGAUGGCUCGCAGCCUCUGGAUCAUCUGGAGAAGAGCUCGUUCGGGGAGGACCUCAUGUGUGCUUUUUGAUUUUCUCGUCGCGACGAGUGCUCUUGGGAUUGAGUUUCUCGGAGAAACUUAAGAUGUUUGUGUGUUUAUUUGACCUGGUGUAAAGAGUGUGUAUAUAUAUAAGACCCGAGUGUGCGUCUUUGUGUGUUUGUGUGUGUGUGUGUGUGUGUGUGUGUGGUGUUGCCCAAGCCAUUGGAAAUGCUGGGGUGUCCAGCGAGGUUAUUUUUGGAUCAGUGACAGCGUGUCAAUGGCUGCAGAUGCGUCGCAAAGGAAGGCUCUGAGAUACCAACAGACCCUGCUGUACGGUGAGUACAGAGAGCAGCUGGGAAACUUUGCUCGACGGGAGGCUGCCCGUUUGCUGACAGAGAGACAAUGGAAAAGACAGGCAGGAGACAACACCACGGGCCGCAGAGGCCAGGGCCGGCGGCAUCAUCAUCAUCACCUGACGCUGGAGUCGCAUCACAGCCAUGGGUCUUCUACCAAGAAGCCUCGUCCCUACUCCAAAUGCCAAGAUUGUUUGGCUCGUGUGCGGCGGUACAUCGUGACAAAGAUGGGGGAGGAUUGGAUAUUCCUGGUCCUUCUGGGCCUCACUAUGGCUCUGGUCAGCUGGAGUAUGGACUACGCCAGUGCCAAAAGCCUGCAAGCCUAUAAAUGGGUGCAUGGGGAGCUUAAGGGCAAUGUGGCGCUCCAGUACCUCGCCUGGGUUACAUAUCCCAUGAUCCUUGUCAUGUUCGCCUCGCUCUUCUGUCACCUGGUUUCACCACAGGCCAUCGGUUCAGGUAUCCCUGAGCUGAAAACCAUCCUGAGAGGUGUAGUGCUAAAGGAGUAUCUCACGCUCAAAGCUUUCAUAGCCAAAGUCAUCGGCCUCACCGCUGGCCUAGGUAGUGGGAUGCCAGUGGGCAAAGAGGGUCCGUUUGUCCACAUUGCCAGUAUCUGUGCCGCAGUGCUGAGUCGAUUCAUGUCCAUCUUCUCCGGAGUCUAUGAGAACCCUUAUGGUUACGCAGAUAUACUGACUGUUGGCUGUGCCGUGGGGGUGGGAUGCUGUUUCGGCACUCCACUGGGAGGGGUGUUGUUCAGUAUUGAGGUCACGUCUACCUACUUUGCGGUGAGGAAUUACUGGCGGGGAUACUUUGCAGCCACGUUCAGCGCCUUCAUAUUCAGAGUGCUCUCCGUUUGGAACAAGGAUGCUGUCACAAUCACAGCUCUCUUCAAAACUAAUUUUCGGAUGGAUUUCCCCUUUGACCUGCAGGAGCUGCCUGCAUUUGCAGUAAUAGGGAUCUCGUGUGGUUUCCUGGGAGCGUUCUUUGUUUACCUGAACAGACAGGUGGUUCUCUUCAUGAGAAGGCCAACAGCUCUCACCCGCUUCCUAACCAAACACCGUUUGAUCUAUCCAGGCGCUGUGACGCUGAUCAUCGCCACCUUCACGUUUCCCCCUGGGUUUGGGCAGUUCAUGGCUGGAGAGCUGAUGCCCAGAGAGUGCAUCAACUCCCUCUUUGAUAAUUUCACCUGGACCAAAAUCUCAGGAUACCCUGGUCCUGCCGCCCUGGGCCGCUCCUCUGCGUGGCUGCAUCCUCGUGUCAGUGUCUUUCUCAUCCUCCUCCUCUUCUUCAUCAUGAAGUUCUGGAUGUCAGCAGUUUCCACCACAAUGCCCAUCCCCUCGGGUGCCUUCAUGCCAGUGUUCAUAUUAGGAGCUGCUUUCGGUCGCCUCGUAGGGGAGAUCAUGGCCACUCUGUUCCCAAACGGAAUUCUGUUUGAUGGGAUAGUGUACCGCAUCCUGCCGGGAGGCUACGCCGUCAUUGGUGCGGCAGCGAUGACGGGAGCUGUCACACACACAGUCUCCACGGCGGUGAUCUGCUUUGAACUGACUGGUCAAAUAUCCCACAUAUUACCCAUGAUGGUGGCGGUCAUCCUAGCCAACAUGGUGGCUCAGGGUCUACAGCCUUCGCUCUACGACUCCAUCAUCCAGGUGAAGAAGCUGCCCUACCUGCCUGAGCUGGCCCUCGGGCACAUCAGCAAAUAUAACAUCUUCGUGGAGGACAUCAUGGUGCGCAAAGUGAAGUUCUUGUCUUCUGAAUCCACAUAUCGGGAGUUAAACCAUCUGCUCGAGACGACAACACUGAAAACGAUUCCCCUGGUCGACUCUAAAGAAUCUAUGAUUCUUCUGGGCUCAAUUGAGCGAACAGAGCUUCAGGCCGUUUUUGACUGGUGGCUUUCUCCGGAAAGGCGAGUCUUUGAAAGAGGGCCGAGUUCACCAGGGCAAGGCUCUAAGGUCAGCUGGGAGUCUUUCACCUUCGUAGACGAGGAGGGUGGAGAGAUCGCUGCUCCCGUGCAGGAAGAAUGUAACGGACCCAUCCCACCCCCCAAACCCCAGGAGCCCUCCACCAACCACACAGGCUCAGACAAGCGCAGGCUGCCGUCUGUCAGGAGGACCCUUCAGAGACUCUUCUCCUCCACGUCUUCGACAGGCCAGGCUGAAACUCAGGAGACAACAACCCCUCCCCUGACUGACACCAUGUCCCCACAGGAGAUCAAAACCUGGGAAGAGGAAGAGCUCGACAAACCAAUUGAUAUGGAGCAGAUACGCAUAGAUCCCUCCCCAUUCCAGCUGGUGGAAAGGACGUCUCUGCACAAGACCCACACUCUGUUCUCUCUGCUGGGGCUCAGUCACGCCUAUGUCACCAGUAUUGGAAAGCUGGUGGGAGUCGUGGCACUGAAAGAGUUGCAGAAGGCGAUAGAGGGCUCAACUCGCAGCGGGGUGAGGCUCCGUCCCCCUCUGGCCAGCUUCAGAGAUGCAAGCAGGAAAGCCAAGAAGCACCAGCCCCCGUCCUCCACCCCAUCCUCUCCGACGAGGGACAGAGACCUGUGGGGGGAGGGGAGCAGAGGAGACGGGGGGCUGGCGAGGAAGGAGUCCAGAGAGGAUUCAAGAGGGAAGACAUCGUCUUCCAGAGGAGCUUCCGGAUGUGACACGGCUCCCUCCUCACCCAGCAGCACGGGGAGCACCAGUGGCACCUCCGCCACCGCAAGAGGAACUGAAGACACUGCUCAGGACGCAGCGUCCCCCUCCACGUCCUCCCCUAACUCGCCCUCACCUCCUGCCUCCCCUGUGUCUCCCACCAGCCCUGUCCUCACACUGUCCUCCCUGCAGGAGGAGGGGGACAGCGAGGAGUCCGAUGAGCCGAUCUAGGAGAAUUGGGUUUGAAGAAGAAAGACGUUUUCCUUCUUUUGAUAACUCUCCUUUCCCCCAGAGACACUUGGCUCUCAGCGAGCGGCGAGCACAAAGCUCACUUGUAGUACAGGAUAGUUUUUUUUCUACUCUAAUGACAGUCUCAUUUUUUCACUCUUUAAACUCUCAGGUGCCUUCCUGUGUCUUUUGAACCUCAGACCAUCACUUUCAGUCCUACAUAUCAUUAAUAUUCAACUUCCACCCGUAUCUUGGACAUGUUGAAAGCAGCUCAUCAUUACAUGCACCAAUAUCUGUUAAUUUCCUUAAGUUCUUUAGUUUGAGCAGCUGACAGCAAUGAAUUCUGUGAUAAUAUUUAAAUUCAUAAGAGCUUAAUUAAUUUGACCUAGAGGUCAAAGCGAUCAUACGUUUAAAGUUUACUGAUUGAGGCUAAUUUUAAAAUAUACGAUACACUUAUCAUGUAUUUCCUGUAUGGUUAACAUUUAAAUCAAUUUUACCAGUUUGUAAUUUUUAAAGAUAAUAAAUAUUUAAAUUGUCGACUAAA